GAAGUGAAUGUUGUGUCCGGGAAGGAGAAGAAGAAGAAGAAGAAGGGGGCGGGACUUAGCAGACAAACACGGACGACUAGCGAGUGUGUGGCGCGGCUGUGCUCCUCUCUCAACAUUUUUGGGCAUUAAUACUCCUUUUUUUGGACUCGCUUUACAAAUUGUUUAUUUCGGCUUCGAAGCAAAUAGUCGUGUUCGAGCACGACCGGGGGCCUGCAUAAUGAUGUCAGCGCGUAGGACGAGCCUCCUAGCAGGCUAGCAAGCAAGUUGCCCGUGAACUUUGUCACAUUUCCGGCGGGGGGGCAAUGUCCGCUCCACUGUGGGCAAGAAAUGCUCGGACGGCGGUGUUGUUGUUUUCGCUCGGUUCCAGGCGGAGAGGCACCGACUCACUUUCUGGACUUCUUCCGGUUCCGCGACGCCCUAUCAUCGACAUGUCCUACUCGGCGCACUUCAUUGAUUUUAAGGGAUCUUCCAUACCGAGCAGCAUGAAAAGGGUGGUUGUAAACAAGCUGAGUCCGAAUUUUGGAGAAGCCGCCUCGGUACAGAAUGCUCCUGUUCCCACACCCGGGGACGCGGACUUGCUCGUAAGGAAUCGUUUUGUGGGAAUCAACGCCUCCGACAUUAAUUAUACGGCAGGACGUUAUGAUCCGUCUGUACAGCCUCCCUUCGACGCUGGAUUUGAGGGUAUCGGCGAGGUGGUCGGCCUCGGCCUAAGUGCCAGCUCUCGCUACACCGUUGGGGACACUGUGGCCUACUUCAACAAUGGCGCCUUUGCGGAGUACACAGUGGUUCCCGCCAAGAUGGGUGUGCCUGUUCCCUCGGUGAAGCCCGAGUUUCUAACCUUUCUGGUUAGCGGUGCUACUGCCUACAUCGCCUUGAAACGACUGGGUGACCUGGCCCAAGGCGAGACCGUUCUGGUCACGGCAGCUGCAGGAGGAACGGGGCAGUUUGCGGUGCAGUUUGCCAAACAUGCCGGUUGUCACGUGAUCGGCACCUGUUCAUCCAAUGAGAAAGCAGGCUUCCUUAAAUCUAUCGGGUGCGACCGGCCAAUCAACUACAAAGUAGAGGACCUGGUCAAGACCCUGAAGACAGAGUACCCAAAAGGUAUAGACGUGGUUUAUGAAUCCGUCGGAGGAAACGUUCUAGACGUGGCGGUCAACAGUCUGGCUCAAAAAGGGCGGCUCAUUGUGAUAGGCUUCAUCUCAGGAUACCAGUCUGCAUCUGGGAUUCCCCAGUUCAGAGGAGCAACUUUACCUGUGAAACUUCUCCAAAAAUCCGCCAGCCUUCGAGGUUUCUUCCUUCCCCACUUCAUCAGCGACUACAAGGAGGCUCUGGCUAGCAUGAUGCAGAUGUUUGCCAAGGGGAAGCUCGUGUGCGAGGUGGAUUAUGGGGAUUUGGCUCAAGGGGGGAGGUUUGUUGGCCUCGAGUCAGUCUUCAGAGCUGUAGACUACAUGUACGCAGGCAAGAACCUGGGCAAGGUUGUGGUGGAAGUGGCGCCUUUCUCUAAAUCUGAUAGUAAAUUGUGAAAUUCUUUGCACCAAAGAGUUGUUACUUGCACUUUAACAUCAUUAUUGAUUUAAUUAUGGCAUGUGAUGAAGUAAAUCAGCAUAACUUUUGCAAGAUUAACAACAGCUAUGCAAGGAUUUAUUAACAACUUUUCUCGUGCUACUGAGACUUUGUAAUUGCAAAUAAAAAUCAAGUCAUUAAUUUUUUUAAUGUUGUCAGAUCCGUUUUUUUUUUCUUUGUACAAUCACAGAUUCGUAUUAGAAAUAAAUGUGUAUUAAUUUAUA